AUGUAUAAACUACCACCUAACACUGUUGAUUCAGCAUUCAAACCUUUUGCUCCUUUAAUAUCCACAGCAAACGCUAUGAUAAAUCAAAUUAUUAAUAUUUUUGAAAAUGCAGAGUAUAACAAAAAGAUUUGUAAUGUGUUUUUAGAUCGUGUGGAUGUUGCUAAAAAUCAUAUUAAAAACCUUGAACGUAGAAAAGAGGAAAAUGAACACAUUUUUCGUGAUGGUGAAUAUUACAAACACUUUUUACGUUUUACCACUAUAUUAUUAAAAAUAAAAGAAUUUCUUAGUGAUAUUACUUAUCCUGGAUAUAAUAAAUAUAAUUCUGCAAAAAAUUUUGAAAAGAUAUUUGAAGAUCUUACUCGAGAUAUCGAUACUGUUAUGGGAGAUUUAAAAUUUACAACUAUUGCUCCCGAGGAGCAAAAAAAAAUUGAUCAACAAAGUUUAAAAGAGACUUGGAGAAAUGAUUCCACAAUAAGGUCAUCCUUUCAACAUAUUUUCUUAAAAUUGAAUAAUUUGACCUCAACAUAUGGUAAAAGCAAUGAAAAUAUUACAUCUCCCAAAAAAGAAAGGAAUUCAGACGGUGUUAUAACACAUAGUAAACACUCCGUUUCUAUUAGUGAUGAUGACAAGGAAUUUUUAAAAGUUAAACAAACUAAUAACCCUGAUUCAAUUAUGCCGAUUAUUCCAGGGUUGUACUGUACCGACUCAGCUCAAAGACUGGUUUUUUGGAACCGGUUCCAAGAACACCGCUUAAAAAAUUCGGGUUAG